AUGUUGAGAUCCGGCAUUCACUUCCAAGCUCGGCACCGCCCAGUGCACAGGGCCCAACAGCAACUCACUCUUGGGAAACUUAAUUGUCUUCUACAUCGAGGCAACUUUGCCAUCGCCACGAACACCGGACUAGGAAACAGCAGGUUGUCUAACGCCCGCACAGGAAGUGCAGGCGGCUUCCAAAUAUUCGACAGAAGUGUGAAAAGGCUUCAACGCGAUAGGGCGGCGAAAAAUGCUGAGGAGUCUAGGAAGGUUGAUUAUUUACGUGACGAGGUGGCAAAUAGACUUGUAGAACGACUAUACGACAUCAAUAGAUCAUAUGAGCAUGUCCUAGAUCUUGGGGCCGGGGCCUGUCAUCUUGCACGGGCCCUUCACAAACCUCAUGUUGGACUUAAGCCUUUUGCAAGCCGUAUCAAACACCUCACCUCAACAGAGCUUUCGUCGGAACUUCUUGACAGAGAUCCGGACUCUGAUACCAUACUACCGGAAUCUCUGAUGAAAUUAACUCGAUUAGCACGGGAUGAAGAGACGGUCUUGCUGGCACCGCCCUCUCAAGGCGGCUUGUUCGAAUCUAACACCUUCGAUGCUGUGAUAUCGUGCGGGUCUUUACAUUGGAUAAACGACCUCCCAUCAGUUCUAUCUAGUAUAAAUCGAGUUCUGAAACCAGACAGCCCGUUUCUUUGUGCAAUGUUCGGAGGUGAUACUCUUUAUGAGCUCCGUACUUCCCUUCAGUUGGCAGGUAUGGAUAGGUUGGGCGGUGUGUCACCUCAUGUGUCACCUCUGGCAGACGUUCGAGAUAUGGGAGGGUUGCUUCAAAGAGCAGGUUAUAAGUUGAUAACAAUCGAUAUUGACGAUAUCAUCGUCGACUACGAAAAUGUUUUUGCUCUCGUCAAGGAUUUACAAGCAAUGGGGGAAGCAAACGCUGUUUUGGGCAGAAGAAAGGGCCUGGCGGGACUAAGUAGGGAUGUUUUAAUCGGGCUCGAAGGGAUAUACAAAGAGCUACACGGGAGAGCAGAAGAUGGGGGUUCUGGUGUCGGAACGGGAAUCCCAGCAACCUUCAGGAUUAUAUACAUGAUCGGAUGGAAGGAAGGAACAGGGCAGCAACAGCCACUAAAGAGGGGUAGUGGUGAGGUUAAUUUAAAGGAUAUCCUGGGUGAACAAAGUGGACUUCGAUAA